UAAAUAGCAAGACAUUGUGUUGCAUUCUGAAGGGGAAUUUUCAAGUCUCAUCGGUUAGAGCAUCUAGCGCAGCCGAUAAAAACAUUGCCGUCAUUAAGUCGUCGAUUUCAGAAGCAGAAGAGUUUUCAAAAGCGUAUUGCGAGUACGCAGAUAGUACUGUAAACCGAUGGAGUAAAGCAAAAGAUAUAUAUUAUGGAAAGGACCGUGAUUUAGUCAAUUUUCCCGACAAAAUUCCGCCUAAACAGCCAGAGAUGCGCUGGUUUUUCCGCAAAUCUUGGUUCGAUGCGUUUUACAACAAAACUGGCGCAACAGGCCCAUACAUUUUUCUUGCCGUUCCCACUUUGGCCUUACUAAGCAAGGAGUUGUUAGUCAUGAAUGGAGAAUUUGGUCUCGCCAUUAUUCGAGGAAUCGCCAUAUAUUACCUUUAUAAUAAAUAUUCCCCUAGAGUGCAUAAGUGGUUAGAUGACCAAAUUGAUCCAUUAGCAGAGAAGCACUAUUAUGGUCCUAUUAAAGUGAUGAAGGCGAAUCUCAUGAACACAAUCAAGACAGCUGACGAUGGAAUACAUAGCAAUAGUAUGGUCCCAAAGAUUUCAGAAGCGAAAAAAGAGAAUUUACAAUUACAACAAGAAUCAAUCUAUCGAGAACGGCUUGUGCAGGUCCAUAGGACUGUUAAGCAACAGCUGGAUUAUAUGGUCAUGCAUGAGGCCGUCAAGCGCCGCACUCAACAAGAGCAUCUUAUUAACUGGGUGAUGAAACGAAUUCACCAAAGCGUGACUCCACAAAUGGAAAAAGACGUUCUUAAUUCUUGCAUCGCUCAACUUAAGCAUAUUUCCAAAGCCCAACCUGCUUAG